AUGUUGAAAUUGUUAGAAAAAGCCCUAAUUAUACUCUCAAGUCUAAAUAGAGAAAAAAUAGAAGAUGGUCAAGAAGUAGCAGUAGAGGAAGUGGAGGAUGAACAGUCGAAAAUGGAAGGAAUGGCAUCAAUAGCGUUGUUACUAGAUGGGUCAAUCUCGGGUCAUUUUGUUCAGCUUCCCGAGUCCGUUUAUUACCAGAUGGGUCAUAUCGUCUUUUCAUCUCGACUUCAUAUCUCUCUCAGUGGGAAAAACAUGGAGGAAGUAGUUGUGGUUGUUGAGUUGAUUACAAAGCUUCAUGAAGGGUGUGAAGAGGAUGUGAAAAUCAUUUCAACUGUAAUUGGAAUUGAGAGUGGAUAUAUUGGUUUUCUAGCUAGACCUCAAAGAGAAAAUGUGGCUCUAAUAAGAGCAAGGCAGAGGAGCUAG